GUUCAAGGUUACCUAGGAUGUCUGCAGCCAUGUCGCGGAACCGGAGCUGGCGCCUCCCCUGCAGAGCUUGGUGCUCAAGAACCACGGAGAGGAGAUUGUAGGAAUAGAAAGUUACAAGUGCGGAUAGGGUUAUGACGGCAACUCCAGGCACCCAGCCGAGUAAAGCUAUGGCGAAAGGGAGGCUGAAAAUCACUGGACCGACUAUUGAUGUGGUCAAAUGGACAAACAAAGCUCCAGCGUCAAGCUGCUGUGGAGCAGGGGAAUCAGUGUCGCCUUUUGCCUUGUCUGCUGCUGCUGAGAUGUUCAUGGAGUUU